AUGCAUACAACUUUUUCUUUUUUCUCCCUUUUUCUCCAUGUCUAUUUCACAGCUUCUUAUUCUCUCUCUUUCCUUCUGUUUUCCUUUCUUUUUCUCUUUCUGUUAAUCACACCACCACUUUUACUUGUCUCUCAUUACUGUUUUCUUUCUCUCCUUUUUUUUUCUCACACUGAUUCUUCUUCUUCUUCUUCUUCUUCUUCUUCUUCUUCUUCUUCUUCUUCCCUUUUUGUUACAUUAGUCUCCUUCAUUGUGUUUUUCUUUCCAUUUUCUCUUUAUUUUUCUUUGUAUCUCAUCCCUUGCUCUUUUUUCCUCUCUUUCCAUUACACUCUUUUUUUUUCAUUUUUUUGUUUCUUUUUCUUCUUCUCAAAUAGUCAAACUACUAACAGAUUUUUUUUCACUUUUUUCUCUUUCUUUCUCUUCGUCUCAAAUACUUCUUAUUCUCUCUCUUUCCUUCUGUUUUCCUUUCUUUUUCUCUUUCUGUUAAUCACACCACCACUUUUACUUGUCUCUCAUUACUUUUUUCUUUCUUUUUUUUCUCCACACUUUUUUUCUUCUUCUUCUGAUUCUUUCUUCUUCUUCUUCUUCUUCUUCUUUUCUUCUUCUUCCCUUUUUUGUUACAUUAGUCUCCUUCAUUGUGUUUUUUCUUUUCCAUUUUCUCUAUUUUUCUUUGUAUCUCAUCCCUUGCUCUUUUUUCCUCUCUUUCCAUCACACUCUUUUUUUUUUCAUUAUUUUUGUUUCUUUUUCUUCUUCUCAAAUAGUCAAACUACUAACAGAUUUUUUUUCACUUUUUUCUCUUUCUUUCUCUUCGUCUCAAAUAGUCAAAUUACUAGCAGAGUAUACAAUCCAAUGCAAUUUUGA